UCGUCCCUCCCGGUUUUUAACGAGACCUUGUCCCUGGUUGAACUUAUCUGUCCUAGAUGAAUGGUGUAAGACACCAGCUGGAAGACCUGAGAAAGGCCUCUGCCACAGAUCCAUGGUUCAUACUGGUUACUUCAGAGAAAAAUCUACACCGCCAUGGGUUCAUUCACGGGGCAACCCAAGAUUCUUCUGACUGUGGUGUUGGUCGUUCUGGCUUGGAUCUUCUACUUCAAGAUGCCCUGGCCUGACAGCACCAUCCCUCGGCCCCCAGCACCUUGCUGUGCCUCUAAACCUGUCCCCAAGCCCUCCCUCUUGGAGCCUGUCUCCCAGGAGUUUGGCAACCUGACCCAUCUUUUGUACUGGCCUUCAAGCCCAGGAGAAGAAAAGGACCUAUUGUCCUCCACCAGCCCCCAGAACUCCACCUACCGCCUGAGGGGUCCUGCGCAGGCCAGCUAUGCCCUGGGAAGCUACCUGGAGGCCAUCCUUGUGGCCAGAGACCAUAGGGGCAGACCCAAGACCCACGGUGGGGAUCUGUUUCGGGCACAGCUGCUGGGUCCUGACUUGAAGGCAGGGGUCCCCGGGGAUGUCCAGGAUCUGGAGAACGGCACAUACCUGCUGUCCUUCCCCCUUCUUUGGGCUGGGCAGGCCCAGGUGCAAGUGCGGCUGAUCCACUCCAGCGAGGCAGUUGGGGUUCUGCGAAGAAUCUGGAGAGAGAAAAGAGCCACUGUUGACUUUAGAGGGUAUUUCCGGGGACCCACAGGCAUUGAAGAGACUGUGAUUUGCAAUGUUGACCCUCUGUCCAUUGGAACAAGAGGGCCUACCUGCCAGUACAGAAAUACGGAUUCGGGUGAAGUCUGGUUCUGUGCUCAGCCCUCUACACUGCCCUGCAACUCUUUAGUUGGGCACUCAAGUGGAAGUUACCUGAAUGUAACUACUCGACAUGAUGAGGCCCUGCUGGCAUGGCAAGUGACAGACAAGGUGCUCCCUCGGGGCAUUUCUCCAAUCCAAAUCAGAAGGUCAGCCCCAGGAAACAGCAGCCUGGCCCUCCCCUCACGACCCCCGUGCAGUCCUGGGCUCCCUGCCGCCAAGCCCUCUGGCUUCUACCACGGGCAUGUGUGGCACUCGCUGUCCUGCGCCAGCCGCUCCUUUCCCACUGUUAACAGCAUCCUGGGCUGCCUGGCUGGCCACGUCAUCCACAUGAUAGGGGACUCCACGCUGCGGCAGUGGUGGGAGUAUCUGCGUGACACCGUGCCCUCCCUGAAGCCGGUGGAUCUACACGUCACAUAUCAGACAGGGCCCCUGAUGGCUGUAGAGACCACUCGGAACAUAGUGCUGCACUGGCGGGCCCACGGCUGGCCCCUGCGCUCCCUCCGCACACCAGUGGCCUCCCUGCACUCUGUGGUCCAGGAGCUGGGAGGCCUGGCUGGGGGCCCCCACACCGUGGUGGUGCUGGGGCUGGGCGCACACUUCACCACCUUCCCUCCAUCCGUCUUUGUGCAGCGACUGGCAGGCAUCCGGGCAGCUGUGGCUGCGCUGCUGGCCCGGGAGCCCCACACUCUGGUGGUCAUCAAACUGGCCAACACUGGCUACAAGUCCGUGUAUGGCAGUGACUGGUUCACCCUCCAGGUGAACCGGCUCCUCCGAGCUGCCUUUGCUGACCUCCGUGUGGCCUUUGUGGAUGCCUGGGAAAUGACCUCCAGCCUGGCCCUGCCUGACAGCAUCCACCCAGUGCGGCUCAUUGUCCAAAACGAGGUGGACUCCCUCCUCUCCUUCAUCUGCCCCACCUGAGCGCUGCUGUGGAUUCUGGGGCUUUGUGAAUGGAAUGGAAGCCAUAGGAAUGGUGAAGAGGAUCAGAGCGACAAAGGGACUCCGAACUAACAAUGAUCCAGAAAAGAGUGGCUACCCCAAUAUUUAAUUACUGUUAGCCCUACGAGACAAUCCUUGUGUACAUUAAUGAAAGAUUUUGCAUAAAUGAAAUAUUUUACAUACCUUCUUUUAAGUUCACUUCGGGGGACAUUUUUACUGGUGUGAUUGCAGAUUACGCAGUUGUAAGUAAUAAUACAGAAAUCUCUCAUGCACUUUACUCAGUUUCUCCCAAUGGCAACAUCUUACAACACUAUAUAGUGCAGCACGGUAUCCUGCCCAGGAUAUUAACAUUGACACAAUCCACCAAUCUUACACACAUGUCCCUAGUUUUACGGUACUCAUUUGUAUGUUUUUAGUUUUAUGAAAGUUUGUCAUUUGUGUGGGUUUGUGUCUAAUUCAUUAGCAUCUGUUUUGUAGCCUUGCAAAGGAGAUCGGACACAGUCAUGGGUUUAUACGAAGUGGCAAAUCUAAUAAGAGAGCUCUGGGUAAACUAGAGUCUCAAUGGACUCUACCCUCAGGCUAAAGAGAACACAAAAAUAGGAUCUUACACCCUUUCACUUCAAUCCAGUUUUCCUUUAAUCAACUAAAGGUAAACUAUUCUCACCAAGGCAAGUAAGAACCUCUUGGAGGUAAAUCCCAUGAACAAUUUUCAAUUCUUAUCUUUUGAUUUUUUCCCCUGCAUCAUGGACCACUCAUUUCUUGCUGAAACCAUCUCUUCUCUUGGCUUCAUAAUAUCAGAUCCUUCGAUUCAGACGUGAGUAACUUGAAAAAUGAGGUCCACCGGAAUCCAUUUUGCUGGUGAGGGUAGUCACAGAGGCACCUAAGUUUUAUUUUUAAUAUAUUUU